CUCUACGUUCGGUCGUUCGUGAAUCCGGAGAGUGCUCGUUUCUCCGCUCCGAUCUUGGUCGGCGUGCAUUUGUGCCCUGCGAGUUUUCACACACGACAAUCGUCGUCGGUGAUCAGUGCACUCGGAAGAGCCGCGGUAAGGAUGUGGCGAGAUCCUCCAGGCGGAGGGUACAAGACACCCAUCCACGUCGUCGCUAUGUUGCUGCUGCUGGCUGCUGUCCUGGCAUUGACAACGGUUGUUUCGGCUGAAGACGCAUCGAUGGGACCGGUGUUCGUCAAGGAACCCCCGAACCGGAUUGAUUUCUCAAACGGGACCGGAGCAGUCGUCGAAUGCCAGGCAAGAGGAAACCCGCAACCGGAUAUCAUUUGGGUCCGUUCCGAUGGAACUGCUGUGGGAGACGUUCCCGGAUUGCGACAGGUUCUGCCGAACGGAAAUUUGGUGUUCCCUCCUUUCCGCGCUGAAGACUAUCGUCAGGAAGUUCACGCUCAGGUCUACAGCUGUUUGGCACGUUCCCCUGCGGGUUCGGUGCACAGCCGUGAUGUCAACGUGAGAGCCGUGGUGCAUCAGUAUUAUCAGUCCGAGGUCAACAACGAGUACGUAAUACGCGGCAACGCGGCCAUUCUCAAGUGCAGUAUACCGAGCUUCGUCGCAGAAUUCGUUCAGGUCAUUGGCUGGCAGGACGAUCAGGGGAACUCUUUCGAUCCGGAUCAGGGAAACGAUGGGAAAUACUUGGUACUGCCAUCCGGAGAGCUGCACAUCAGGGACGUCGGGCCCGAAGACGGAUACAAGACUUACCAAUGCCGCACGAAGCACAGACUCACCGGCGAAACUAGGCUAUCCGCAACGAAGGGACGUCUCGUCAUUACUGAACCAGUCGCAAGCGCUCGUCCGAAAUUUCCGUCGCUGGCGGACUCGCAGACAUUCAAAGUGUAUCUAGGCGGUGCGAUGACGUUACUGUGUCCUGCUCAAGGGUUCCCCGUUCCAUCGUACAGAUGGUACAAGUUCAUCGAGGGCACGUCGAGGCGUCAGCCGGUCCAGCUGAAUGAGCGCGUACGCCAGGUUAGCGGCACUCUGAUCAUCCGUGAAGCCCGAGUCGAAGAUUCCGGUAAAUAUCUUUGCAUCGUCAACAAUUCCGUCGGUGGCGAGAGCGUGGAGACCGUUUUGACCGUUACGGCGCCUCUGACGGCGGAGAUCGAGCCGAGUACGCAGACCAUCGACUUUGGAAGACCGGCGACCUUCACCUGCACCGUCCAAGGCAACCCGAUCAAAACUAUCUCCUGGCUCAAGGAUGGAAAGCCCCUUGGAUUGGAAGAUCGCGUGCUGAGGAUUGAGAGUGUGAAGAAGGAGGACAAGGGGAUGUACCAAUGCUUCGUUAGAAAUGAUCAGGAAAGCGCGCAGGCAACGGCAGAAUUAAAACUUGGUGGAAGAUUCGAGCCUCCGCAAAUCCGUCAAGCUUUCGCCGAAGAGACCCUUCAGCCAGGACCGAGCAUGUUUUUGAAGUGUGUUGCCAGCGGGAAUCCCACCCCCGAAAUUACCUGGGAACUCGAUGGAAAACGGUUGUCGAACACCGAGAGACUGCAAGUGGGACAAUACGUCACGGUCAAUGGUGAUGUCGUGUCGCAUCUGAAUAUUUCGAGCAUUCAUACCAAUGACGGCGGUCUCUACAAGUGCAUUGCUGCGUCAAAGGUUGGAGCUGCCGAGCAUUCUGCCCGUCUCAACGUUUAUGGUUUGCCGUUCAUUCGUCACAUGGACAAGAAGGCCAUCGUUGCUGGGGAAACUUUGCGUGUCACUUGCCCCGUUGCUGGAUACCCGAUCGAAAGCAUCGUCUGGGAACGAGACACCAGGGUCCUGCCGAUCAAUCGAAAGCAAAAGGUCUUCCCCAAUGGCACACUCAUCAUCGAGAAUGUCGAGCGAAUGAGCGACCAGGCGACCUACACUUGCGUGGCACGCAAUGCACAAGGUUACAGCGCACGUGGAACACUGGAAGUUCAAGUCAUGGUCUCCCCACAGAUAGCACCGUUCUCCUUCGGCGAGAAACCCAUUAACGCCGGAGACCUGGUGUCGGAGCAGUGCGUGGUGACCAAAGGCGAUUUUCCUCUGGAGAUCACGUGGACCUUCGACGGCCGUCCCAUACAGUCUUAUCACGGCGACGUGAUCGUGUCCGACACGAGAAAGCGCGUCAAGCAACUGACCAUCGAAUCGGUAGCCGCGCGACACGCCGGGGAGUACACCUGCGUUGCCUCAAACGCGGCUGGAUCGGUCUCCCAUUCGGCCAUUCUGGACGUGAAUGUACCUCCUCGUUGGAUCCUGGAACCUACCGAUAAGGCAUUUGCUCAAGGAUCCGAUGCACGAGUGGAAUGCAAAGCCGACGGGUUCCCCAAGCCUCAGGUCACGUGGAAGAGAGCUGCUGGGGACACGCCGGGAGAUUAUACCGACUUGAAGUUGAGCAACCCUGACAUUAGCGUGGAAGAUGGCACCCUCUCUAUUAACAACAUACAAAAGACGAAUGAAGGCUACUACCUUUGCGAGGCAGUUAACGGCAUUGGAUCAGGGUUAUCGGCUGUCAUUCUUAUUUCGGUUCAAGCCCCUCCGCAAUUUGAAAUCAAACUGAGAAACCAGACCGCUCGUCGUGGAGAACCGGCCGUAUUGCAGUGCGAGGCGCAAGGGGAGAAACCAAUCGGCAUUUUAUGGAACAUGAACAACAAGAGAUUGGACACGAAGAGCGAUCCUCGUUAUACCAUUCGCGAAGAAAUCUUGGCCAACGGAGUAUUGUCCGAUCUGAGCAUCAAACGAACCGAAAGGAGUGAUUCCGCCCUGUUCACUUGCGUAGCCACGAAUGCCUUUGGCAGCGAUGACACCAGCAUUAACAUGAUCGUACAAGAGGUGCCGGAAGUUCCUUAUGGUCUCAAAGUGUUGGAUAAAUCAGGGCGUUCGGUGCAAUUAUCGUGGGCUGCACCUUAUGACGGAAAUAGCCCGAUCAAACGAUACGUUAUCGAGUACAAGAUCAGCAAGGGUUCCUGGGAGACUGAUAUCGACCGUGUGCUCGUGCCUGGCUCGCAACAGAACGUAGCCGGAGUGUACAAUCUGAGACCCGCGACCACCUACCAUCUUCGAAUCGUCGCCGAGAACGAAAUUGGUACGUCCGAUCCGUCUGACACGGUCACUAUUAUCACCGCUGAGGAAGCACCUACUGGCCCGCCAACCUCCAUUAAAGUGGACGCUCUCGAUCAGCACACGCUCAAGGUAACAUGGAAACCGCCCCCGCGCGAGGACUGGAACGGCGAGAUUCUCGGCUACUACGUUGGAUACAGACAGUCGUCGGACAAGCCGUACAUGUUUGAGACCGUCGAUUUCUCCAAGGAAGACAUAAAGGAGCACCACUUGCAGAUCGCGAACCUCAAGACCUACACUCAGUACGGCGUGGUCGUUCAGGCAUUCAACAAGGUCGGCUCCGGACCGAUGAGCGAGGAACGCAGGCAGCACACCGCAGAAGGCGUGCCCGAGCAACCACCUCAUGACACUACUUGCACAACCCUCACCUCUCAGACUAUCAGAGUGUCCUGGGUGUCGCCGCCACUGAGCGCGGCCAACGGCGUUAUCACCGGCUACAAAGUCAUCUACGGACCGUCCGACACAUGGUACGACGAGAAUACGAAGGACACCAAGAUUACGUCUUCCAGCGAGACCAUUUUGCACGGCCUCAAGAAAUACACAAACUACAGCAUGCAGGUUCUAGCUUUCACAUCCGGCGGAGACGGCGUUAAGUCCGCACCGAUUCACUGCCAGACCGAGCAAGAUGCGCCCGAAGCUCCCAUCGCUAUCAAAGCACUAGUCAUGUCUUCGGAAUCCAUUCUUAUCUCAUGGCGUCCACCCAGCCAGCCUAACGGAAUUAUUUCUCAAUAUACCGUUUACACAAAAGCGGAUAACGCAGAGGAGCCGACUAGCCAGAAAGUACCGCCGAACCAACUAACUCACGAAGCGUCUGGAUUAGACAAACAGCUCAGAUAUGAAUUCUGGGUGACCGCUAGUACAAAUAUUGGCGAAGGUGAAGCUUCCAAAAUUGUGACCUUGGGACCAAGUGUUCGAGUACCGGCAAAGAUUGCAUCGUUCGACGACAAGUUCACCGCAACAUACAAAGAAGACGUCAAGCUGCCGUGUCUCACUGUCGGCGUGCCCGCACCGGAAGUGACAUGGAAGGUACGAGGCGCUACUCUUCAACCGAGCGACCGACUGAGACAAUUACCCGAGGGAUCGCUGUUCAUCAAGGAAGUCGACCGCGCGGACGCUGGGGAAUAUUCUUGUUACGUGGAAAACUCCUUUGGACACGACACCGUGACUCAUCAGCUGGUCGUACACGCUCCUCCGCACUCGCCGCAGGUCACCCUUACCGCCACUACCACCAACUCUUUAACGAUGAAGUUGCGCCCUCAUCCCACCGAUAAUGCACCGAUUCAUGGCUACACCAUCCACUACAAACCCGAGUUCGGCGACUGGGAAACCGUUCAGAUCAGCUCCACAGCACAGAAAUAUACUCUGGAGAAUCUGUGGUGCGGCUCCCGAUAUCAGAUCUACGUCACAGCUUACAACGGAAUUGGAAUCGGCGAUCCUUCGGACAUCCUGAACACGCGCACAAAGGGCUCCAAACCGAUUAUCCCCGAAGCGGCGAGGUUCAUCGAGGUAUCCACGAAUAGCAUCACUCUGCACUUGAGCGCCUGGUCGGACGGUGGCUGCCCGAUGUUGUACUUCGUUGUUGAACACAAGAAGAAGAUGCAGCAGGAAUGGAACCAGGUCUCGAACAACGUCAAGCCGGGCGGUAAUUUCGUGGUGUUGGAUCUGGACCCCGCUAGCUGGUACCAUUUGCGCGUCACGGCUCACAACAAUGCCGGUUUCGCCGUGGCCGAGUACGAAUUCGCGACUCUGACGGUGACUGGCGGCACCAUUGCACCGGCCCGCGAGCUGCCGGACGUGAACGGUGGUGGCAACGAUGAGGACCCGAUGAAAAUUUUCAUGGCUAACUUAAAUCUGGUCGUACCCGUGGUAGCAGCUAUACUCGUUAUAAUCGUUGCCGUCAUCGUGAUCUGCGUUCUCAGGGGGAAGGGUCACGGUAGCGAUAAAGACGACGUAGUCUACCAGCAGACCGGAGUUGGCGGCGCCACCCUGGACAAACGCAGAUCCGAUCUUCGCGACGAACUGGGAUACAUCGCGCCACCUAAUCGCAAGCUUCCACCUGUGCCCGGCUCGAACUACAACACCUGCGAUCGUAUCAAGCGAGGUACAGUUAUAAGUGGAACUAGCUCGUUAAGGAGCCACUCGACGUGGGAUCCCAGGCGACACAUGUAUGAGGAGUUGAGUCACUACGCGCCCAACAGGAGAUGCCCACCGCCACCACGUAUGGGCAGCGCGGACGGUCUCUCGCCGCACAGAGGUAUGGAGGAUGAGAUUUGCCCGUACGCCACCUUCCACCUAUUGGGAUUCCGCGAGGAAAUGGACCCGAGCAAGGCUAUGCAAUUCCAGACCUUCCCCCAUCCAGGAAACGGCCACUCUGGCACUAUGGGACCACCCGUAGGACAUCCGACUAACGCUUCUGCCCACAGCCGCUCUGGAUCUCAGUCUAUGCCCCGUCAAAACGGCCGCUACUCUCGAGUACCGUCCCAGGGAGGCGGCAGCGGCACGCACAACGUUUUCUCACCCGAGUACGACGACCCGGCUAACUGCGCUCCCGAGGAGGACCAGUACGGGUCGCAGUACGGGUCACAGUACGGCGCGCCUUACGAUCACUACGGAUCCCGCGGAUCGGUCGGACGUCGCAGCGUAGGCUCGGCACGCAACAUUCCCAUGUCUGGCUCGCCGGAACCGCCCCCACCGCCGCCGAGGAACCAUCAGGAUCAGAAUAACUCGAGCUUCAACGACAGCAAGGAGAGCAACGAGAUCAGCGAGGCCGAGUGCGAUCGCGAUCAGCUUGUCAACCGCAACUACGGCGUGAAUGCUCGCGGCAAGGACGGCAUGACCACCGAGGAGAUGCGUAAACUCAUAGAGAGGAAGCCAAACGAAGCUCCCGGCCGGCAAACCGGCGCCCCCCACGGCGGUCACGGGGGACUCCUCACACCCUACGAUACUGUGGCAGUGUAACCUGUAAAUCGUCAUCUUCCGUGGUCUUCCGCUUCUCUCGAUAGCCGCGCGGCCGCGAAGGAGAGCAGCCGAGAGCAGCGGAAAUGAAGCGCAACGCCAACUCUUCCCCCGGUGCUGUCGUCGGUCCAAUUUGCAACGAUUUACGAUUUAGAAAUUAGAGACGUCGUCGCGAGUAGGUAGAUACGAUUUACCGUGUAAGGCGUACGCGUGUCGAUUUCUUCUCGAGAACGUGAUUACGGACGGGGAUCCCGCGGCCCGCCUCGCGAAAUGGGACCGCCUCCUUCGCCCUCGCGAAUCACCAUAUCACGCGACCACUUUCUUACCCCGAGCUCUCUCCGGCCUUCCGCUCGUUCCUUGUACUUCCUCGGGUACGUUCGUUUGCAUUUGAUCCUGGGUGAGGAGGGCCGGACUCACGAAACCGCCUCGUUUCUCGAUCAACUUUUCCGAAACGGUUCAGUCGAUUACGCACAACAUCCGUGGGAGGGCCUGACCCAAGGCUGACCUUAACUACUGCCCUUACCGGCGAAGGAGGCACAGCGAUUCGUGAGGUCAGCCCCACGUGGGGCUUCGUCCGUAACCGGUGAACUCUACGCUAUACUGGAAGUCUACUGCCGUCUUGAAGAUGAUGGACAGAGUGAGACAGUUCCGGGAUAGACAAAUGGUUCUACAUUCUGUGUCUCUCUCUCUCUAGUAAUUCUCAGUCAGCGAUUUUCUAUUUCACACUCUGUAAGUUACUGGAGUAAGUGAUCUCAUUGUUUCCUAUUGCUCUCGAUGUCGCCGAGAGAGAGGGAGAUACUGUUGGGUGAAUAGGAUGUCUCUUUUUCUCUGAUUAGUUGAUGAUUUUCUAUCUCACUCGUACAAGGCGGGAUAGAAGAUCGUUGACCAAUGAAAAGUAGAGAAAGAGACAGAGAUUCACCCAACAACCCCUCUUUCUCGGGCGACCUCGAGAACAAUAGGAAACAAUGGGACCACUCACUCGAGUAUAUUAUAGAGUUUACUGAUCUCACGGUCACUUAUAUCGUGGAGUGUGAUGGAAAAUCGUUGACCAAUCAGAACCAGUAGAAAGAGGCAGAAGUGGGAACCAUUUGUCCGUCUCACUCUGUCCAUCAUCUUCAAAUGGACAGUAGGUCUUCCAGCAUAGGGGUUCACUGUCCAUAACACUUUCACGAGUCCCGGAACUCCUCCGCGCACGUUCGACGUCGCGCGUGGUCUGAGAUUUUCUUUUGCAUAUCCAACAUUGCCGAUACUGACCGGUAUCGAAGAAAGUGACUUGUGUUUCGAUACGUGUCUUCCUCGAGGGUGCGCGUUCGAGCUCGACGCCACGUUACUUGCGGGAGACACCCGACGACACGAACUCUCAUUGAUUAGCCGACCGUCUUCGCGUACGCGGAGACCCUUCGAUUAUUAUCGGUGAGACUGAGAGGGGGAAUUUGCACAUCCCCUCGCUAUUAUAUCGUCGAACGUGCACGCGGGAGGCUCGAGGCCCGAGAGUCUGCCGUGAAGAGACUUGUCCUGUAGGAAGGCGAACACGCAGCCGGAAGUCGUGUUCGCGGACGCUCAGCCGCGGCAGAGACGCGGCCCAUGCGAUGGUGCUCUCGGCGACGGUGGAUUUAACGGGGGUCUUCUGAUAUAUAUAUAUAUAUGCUACAUAUAUAUCCGGGAUAUUAAUCCUAGGUUACACAUUCGUCGCAGCGUCGUUGCGUAAAUGGGGGAGAAAAGAAAAAGGAAAGGGAAAAAAAAGGGAAAACGGAAACCGUAUAAACGACAUGUACGCGUAUACACGAAGAUUAGUUGGUCGCUUUUUAAGUCAUGGUUGUGCCACACUGCCGCUCCCUGCGGGCGUACGAUAUAUAGAUACGUACACAUAUACUAUAUACAUAUAACGAUUUAUAAUUUCGUAACGAA